AUGGCUACUAAACCAAUUUUUGUUAUUGAUAAUGGAGCAUAUAUGUCGAAAUCAACAAUGAAUACGACAGAUAAUCCAAGAAUUGUUCCGAAUUGCGUAAUGAAAUCGAAAUUUUAUCCGCGCCGUACUUUCAUUGCUGAUCAAAUUGACAAUGAAUGUCCAAAUAAAACAAGUCUCUAUUAUCAAUUACCAUUGCAAAAAGGCUAUUUAGUCGAUUGGAAUAUUCAAAAACAAGUGUGGGAUCAUCUAUUUGGCAAAAUACCAUUCAAAUCAACAGGUUUAUUAAUGACAGAGCCAUAUAUGAAUUUAAACUUUAUUCGAGAAACAAUGGAUCAAAUAUUUUUCGAAGAAUAUGAAGUUGCAUCAUUUGCACGAUAUGAUCCUGCUACAUUAAGUGCAUAUCAGUAUGAAAACGAUACAAAAUCUAAUUAUGUGCUUGUUGUUGAUUCUGGUUUUUCAUUUACACACAUUGUUCCAUUUCAUCAAGGCAGAAAAUUACUUGAGGGUAUGACAAGAAUUGAUGUUGGUGGGAAAUUAUUAACAAAUCAACUAAAAAGUGUUAUUUCCUAUCGGCAACUAUUAGUCAUGAAUGAAACAUAUAUUAUUAAUGAAUUGAAAGAAAAUGUAUGCUUCGUUUCAUUGGAUUUUCAAGAAGACAUGAGAAAAGCACGCUUACCAUUAGGUGAAAAUCCACAUGCUAUUGACUAUAUCUUACCUGAUUAUAAUGAAAUCAAACAAGGUUAUUUUCAGACUCCAUCAGUUUCAACAUCUAAUAUUUACAAUGCAGAUGGUUCAAAAAAGAGUUCAACAAAGCAACAACAGAUUGUGCGAAUGAACGUUGAACGUUUUACUAUUCCCGAAAUACUUUUUCGACCAUCAACGAUUGGUAUUGAUCAAGCUGGAAUCGCUGAAUCUAUUUAUAAUUCUGUUGAAGAAUUACCUGAACAUAUUCGACCAAGUAUGUACAAUAAUAUUUUAUUAACUGGUGGCAAUUGCUUAUUUCCAAAUUUUAAAGAACGUUUAGAAAAUGAAUUACGUUCUAUGAUUAAUGAUGAUUAUCCACUUCGAAUAACACUGCCAGAGAAUCCAAUAACACAUGCAUUAGAUUCCGGAGUGAAUUUAACAAAUUCAUCUGAUUAUGCAAAUUAUUGUGUGACUAAACGAGAAUAUGAUGAACAUGGUGUAUCGAUUUGUCAUCGAAAAUUUACAGAUAGUUGUUGA